GGAAGUAAACAUCCAGCUGUGACCGUGGCUAACGCAGCUCCCCGAGCGACACUCUCCUGGGAAUGAAACGGCUUUGAGCGGCGGGAGCAGACCGGAGCUUUAACAUGCUGUGCCCGGAGUAGUGUCUGCAUCGACUGACGCUCAGGGUGGAGUUACUUCUGUCCCGGUUUCCUUCGGCUCGAGCGCUGAAACGAGGUGUGAAUGAGUGACGUGGUGCCUCCCACAGCUCUCAGUGAAGUCCAGCUCCGCUUCCUUUGCCACGAUGACAUAGACAACGUCAAGCUGCUCUGUGGUGACUGGUUCCCAAUCGAGUAUCCAGACUCAUGGUAUCAGGACAUCACCUCCAACAAGAAAUUCUUCUCCCUCGCUGCCACCUUCAGAGGCGGCAUCGUGGGAAUGAUUGUGGCCGAAAUCAAAGGCCGGACCAAAGUACACAAAGAGGAUGGAGACAUCCUGGCCUCCAGUUUUCCUGUGGAUACACAGGUAGCCUACAUCCUGAGCCUGGGAGUGGUCAAAGAGUUCAGGAAACACGGCAUCGGCUCUCUACUGCUGGACAGUUUGAAGGAGCACAUCUCCACCACGGCUCAGGACCACUGUAAAGCGAUCUACCUGCACGUCCUCACCACCAACAACACUGCCAUCCACUUCUACGAGAACAGGGACUUCAGGCAGCACCACUACCUGCCCUACUACUACUCCAUACGCGGCGUCCUCAAGGACGGAUUCACGUACGUGCUCUACAUCAACGGGGGACAUCCGCCGUGGACAAUAUUUGACUAUAUCCAGCACAUCGGCUCCACCCUGGCCAGCCUGAGCCCCUGCUCCAUCCCUCAGAGGCUGUACCGCCAGGCGCAGUCCUUCCUCCGCUCCCUGCUCCCCUGGUCCAACAUCGCCUCCAAGACCGGCAUCCAGUACAGCAGAACAAUGUGACGCAGCCCGGAGCGCUGUGACUCUCCUCAGUCUUCCCCCCCCGUACACACCGAGAUGUACACGCACACUCGCAUCCCCGUAUCGGCUUUCCCACACGGCGUGCGCAGACGGGAGAACUCGGGCCCGGCCGGCGGCGCGCCGCUCACGCUCACUGUAGCUCCACAUUCGUUCACACGGGGACUCGGGCCGGCAGGGUUGUUGGCAUGACGGCAUCAUUGGACAUGCAGAGUUACGUUGACGCUGACAGACGGUGCGAUCGGGUGAAACCACAAGGAAGGCUUUAUUUUUUUUACCUUUAUUUUUUUCUAUUCAGAUCAUAUAAACACACAGAAGUUGGCACUGUCUCAUAGUUACUCUACACUUGUUUAUACAGUCAUGCUGAAGCUGAGCGUUCAGGCUGCAGUGUGGACACACUCACACAAACACAGGCGGUAGACCGGUGUGAAAGAGGUGACACACACAUACACACACAUGCACUGAAAGUGAAAGGUUGAGCCCUGUGUUUGCUUCCUUCAUCCUGUCCACUACUGUCAGAGACUAUGUACACUGUUUGUAUAUUAUAUAUACUAAGCUAAUAUAUAAAAAUCUCUCAAUAUGUAUGUCUAUUCUAUGCUGUUAGUAGUCAGAAGAAAAACAUCCUUUUUUUUUUAAGUACCGCCUGAGUCCUGAGUGAAUUCUAGUUUGUAAAAUAGACCCUGAAGAACCAUUUCUCUGUAAACAUGAAAAGUUUAGAAUAAAGCAGUUCUGCACCUGAGACAUAUUGGGAUUAUAUUAAAAGGAAGAUUAAUUCUUCUGGACGUUGAUUAAAGGCAUCAGUCAGUCUCUCUGGCGAUCUCAAUAGUUAAUCCAAAUUCAGAGAAACUUUUGUAGGGUCAGGCAUUGUUUUAAUUAACAUUUCAAAUGUGAAAUAAUAUUUUUCAGAAAGUCUGUCCCCGUCUUCCCACAUUUUUUUUUAAAUUGAGUUUCCCGGAUCUAAUUUAAUCUAAAACAGGAGCAGACACGUUAUCAAAUUAUGUUCACAAUUCCCUCAUUUUGUCCCAACAUGUGCUGGUACAUUUGAUUUCAAAGAACAAAUUCAUUUUUGAUUUCAUUUGUUUUUUAUUUUAGCCUCACACUAAAAAGGAGGGGAAAUCCUGGAGGGACUGACUGCUGAUUAAAUCCUUUAUUCCAGAGUCUGAAACAUUGUUCCUGUUUCUGCCACGCUCUGUGUUUGGAUCCUGAAGCACGUCUUCUAUUCGAUCCUUCGGUGGAGGAAAUGCUCAUAAUGUUCACAAACAUCUUCCAUCUCGUAUGUCUGUGAGCAUUCGUAAAAUACACACGAGUGCCAAAUGUUGGCGAGUUUAAAGUGAUAAAUGAUGGAAACGUAAACAGCUCCUUUUAUUGUAUUUAGUUGCACUUGGUAAAGACUUACAAGCCCGAUCCAGUUUAUAAGUCAGUGAAGAAAUAUUAGAUUUUAUAUAUGGGAAAAUAAAAGAUGAAGGGUGUGAAAAA